CCCUCGUUGUUUGGCUCUUGUUUUCACAUGUGACUUUUAACCAGUUCCUUAAUUGUCAUCUUAAAUUUGAUUAAUAUGUCUCAACAUGAAGAAGAUGUGAAGGAUUUACUAACAAUAGUUAAUUGUUCAAAAACGUACAACAUCUCUAAGAAAUUACUUUGCUCCAAAGUACCAUAUUUCGAAGGAUUACUUGCAAGCAAUUUCAAGGAAUCCAAGGAAAGCAAAGUUGACUUUAAAUUUGAUGAAUCCAGUUUUGAUCUGUUUAUUAAAUGGAUUAACGGCCAAACGGAGUUGCAGUUUGAAUAUUUGGUUGAUUUAUAUGACAUUGCUGAUUAUUUAAUGAUAGAUGAGCUAAAAAGUGCCUGUUCAAAUUUUCUUUAUGACAAGUUUACUGUUGAUAAUCUAGAAACCAUUUUAAAUCAAGUAACCGACACAUCCAAGCUCAUCAAUACUAAAGCCAUCAAUUGCUUCAUUAAUCGUAAUUUCUUAAAAAUUGUAAAUCUCAAGUCAUUCCUUGCCUUUUCACUAAGCACACUAGAGUAUGUGCUAAAACUAGAUUUAUGGAUCGAAUCAGAAUAUAAUGUUUUUAAAGCCAUUAUCAAAUGGAUUGACCAUGAUUCCACUUUAAGGAAACAACAUUUAACUCAGCUGUUAAAACUGAUUCGCUGGGAUCAGUUGGACAACAAAGGUUCCUCUGCUAUUCGUGAUAAUAAAUACAUCAAGGAAUUAAAUAUCUCUGAUGAUGAUCCCUUAGUUCCAAUCAAAACUGAACAAGAAAAUCCACGAACUACAAAAACUUCUUUACUCGCCAUUUACUCUUAUCCUAAUGAUCCCAAAAAUAUCGCUAUUUUUAAAUUCCAAUCGGAGUCGUGGAAUCUUAUUGGAAAUUUUACUGAAGAUGUAACCCUUCCUACUCAUAUUUUUUGUGAAGACCAGUCAUUUGAUAUUUUUUAUGACUCUGGUAGAAGAGGUAUUCGAGUGGACUGGUGUAAUAAGACAUUCCGCUAUCUCGACUCAGAAUUAAUUGACUAUUACCGUCUGAUGCUAUUAAGUGCCAGAUAUUCAAAAUAUUCUCUUGGAUAUUCUCAUUUUUAUAAAUGGAAAGAUUGCAGGUUGGAAGGACCGAUUCAUUAUGAUUCUCUUCUUGAAUCAAAGGGAAAAUUUAUUUUAUUAUGCCGUGAAAAUUAUGAUUUGAGCAACACUCAUUGCUGCUGGCCAGCGAAAGUCAAGAAUGAUUUUAAAAAAUUUGAUGAUCAUCUUGUGCAAGGUGCUUGCGUUAAAAGGGACGUUUUCGUUUAUUCAAGAUCCUAUAAAACCAAGCUCAUUCGUUUUGCAAAGGAUUCAGGAAAAAUUAUUGACUUAACUCUGCCUCAAAGAGUCACAACUCAACCAGCUUUUCUCUAUGAAAGAUGUGGGAUCGGUCAAGGUAGAGCUCGGUGUUUGCGGGGUAAACUUUAUGGAAAUUACUUGUUAGCAUCGAACGGUUCGCAAUUAGCUCUUGGAAUCAAAUCAUCAAAAGAUUUUUUCUUCUAUGAUCCUCAAACAACUAGUUGGAGUCAUCAUCCAAUGAAGUACUCAGGCAAUCUAAUUGGUCUUGCUUCAGUAAAUUGGCCUAGUAGCUAUGAUUAUUCGUAUAAUGAAACAAAUAAGCAAAGUGAUGUUUGUAAAGCUUCGGAUCUCAACAAUCUUAAUUCACCUGAGGAUUUAAAUCAUGAAGACUCGACGAUCAAAGACGAAGGCACAGUGAACAAUCGUAAAAAUAACGAAGAAAAUUGGCCAAAAAGACAAAGGCUGGAUGUUGUGACCACUUAAUCAAAAUAAUUACCUAAGGAUAUACGUUGUGCUUUUAAUUACAUUAUGAUGUUGCUAGUAUAUUGGUUAAUAUACUGUACAUAUUUAAAUAUGUAUAUUAACAAUUCAUCCUAAAAUUAUCAUCUUUAAUGACUUUUUUUGUAACUUAUUCCUGAGAAUUAGUUUUUUUAUUCAACUUUUGAUUCAAAAACACCCGCGUUGUACAAAACCAUUGAAUCUGGAUUUUAUAUUUUGACUUUUACCUCUUAAUUUUCAUGUAUAAUUAUCCAGAAAUAACCUGGACAGUUCAUGGUAACAAAAGUUUCCAAUCAUCAAUUAUUUUUAGCUUUAGAUAACCUUUUAUCCGUAUGUAUUUCAAUUUUUUUAUCAUAAAAACUCAUGAUCCAGUUCCAUAAGGUUCAUUAUCAAGUAAACAAGUCUCUAAUAAUAAUUAAUCUCAAUUUUUCUGGCAAAUGAAAUUUAGACGAGUCUAAAUUCCUCAAAAACAUCCAAGUAAUUUAGUGUCAAAUGAUUUAAUGGCUGGAAGAAAUUACAAAGCAGCUUUAUUGGCAAACACUCCGAGUUAUCAUUAUCUUGUCUCAAAUAAUUUUUUUCAUCUUCAAUUGGUCUAAUUAUUCUUAAUGAUCAUCAAUCAUCAUCCUAUUCCCAUCAUACCUUUGGAUAGAUUCCCAGCUAAGCUGGAUAAAGCCUAGCGCCUAUGGACAGUGAAACACUUGACCAGGGUAGACGGUGCCUUAAUAGCUAUCGCGACUAGCCAGUGCACUCAAGUAAAAAGCUAAUUCAACCCUGACUACUAUUGUAUUCAAAUUGGGAGUAAUUAUUCAAUAAUCAUAAUUUAACAGCCAAUUUACCUUAUUUG